GUGGGCGGCGCGUCCAAGAGCAGCGCCCGCGUGGACGGGAACGGCAGCCUCGUCCUCCACCCCCUCACCAAGGACCAGCACGGCCUCUGGGAGUGCAGGGCCACCAACAGGGUGGCCACUGUCACCACGGCCACCUCUGUCCACGUGCUGGGCACCAGCCCCCACGCCGUCACCAACGUGUCGGUGCUGGCGCUGCCUCUGGCCGCCAACAUCUCCUGGGAGCCCGGCUUCGACGGAGGCUUCUUCCAGCGCUUCAGCGUCUGGUACAGCCCCCUGGUGAAGCCCCCUCCGCGGGCGCAUCACGAGUGGGUGACGCUGGCGGUGCCCGCCGGGGCUCGGCACCUGCUGGUGGAGAACCUGCAGCCCCACACGGGCUACCAGUUCAGCGUGCUGGCCCAGAACAAGCUGGGCAGCGGCCCCUUCAGCCACAUCGUCACCUCCGUGCCCAGGGGCUCCCCGGUGACCCCCCCAGUGCCCGCGGCGGUGCCGGCGGUGCCGGUGGAGGUUUCUCUGCAGCCCCCUCGGGCUCUCCGGGCCAGCCAGACCCCUCGGGGGGUUUUGCUGCGCUGGGAGCCCCCCGGGCCGGGGGCGGGGGUGGCACCCGGGGGGUCGAGGGUGGCACAGGGGGGGUCGGGGGUGGCUCCAGAGCCCAGCGGGUACGCGCUGGAGCUGCGCCAGGACGGAGGGCACUGGGAGCUGCUGCAGCGCCACAUCCCAGGCACUCACACCCAGCUGAUCGUGCCCGGCCUCAUCAAG